CCAGAAAGAGCAGGUGACACCGACGGAAGACACGCUCGGGCUGCGGGGAAGUAAGAGGUAGCCCCGGCGGAGGUUGGUAUCCGGCGGUCUUGGAAGGCAACACAGCUUUGACAGGUGGAAUUGUGCUUUUCCUUGAAACUUUGUUCCCUUGUAUCCCAGGGAACAAUUUACAUUUUGGCUGUUUCUUACCAUGGCUUUUGUUUACAAACUGUUGAAUGGCAUUUACAUUCUCAGAAGAUGCCCGAAACCAGGUGCUGCCUUGCAUCCAUUUUUGGGUGUUCACUGUGCAGACUACUGUUCCAGUAGUCUUCACAAACCAGAGUCUACUCCUAACAAAGCCUCUUCUCAAGGGAAGACUGAAGGGGGGUUGCAAGGACAUGACCGGAAAGAAGUUGCUUUGGAUGUAACUUCUCCAGAGGAGAAGCUUGAAGUUAGUUUUGACAAAGCAAUUCAGAAUGAGAUAAAGGACCAUUUAAGGUAUUUGAAAGAUGAAAUUGUGAAUCGUUGGAUUGGGCCAGUAGGCCGCUCUCUGAAUGAGGUCUUGCUGGAACAAGCCAAGGUCGUCUGGCAGUUCCGUGGGAAAGAAGAUUUGGAUAAGUGGAUAGUGACUUCUGAUAAGAAGAUUGGAGGCAGAAGCGAAGUGUUCUUGAAAAUGGGCAAGAAUAACCAAAGUGCUCUGCUCUAUGGAACUCUGAGCUCAGAGACUCCACAUGAUGGGGAUAGUACCCAGAGUGGGUACUGUGCAAUGAUAUCCAGGAUUCGAAGGGGGCCAUUUGAGAGGAAGAGGCCUCAUGACUGGUCUCAGUUCAACACUUUGUAUCUCCGCGUCCGUGGUGAUGGCCGGCCCUGGAUGGUGAAUAUCAGGGAGGACACGGAUAUAGUCCAGAGGAAGAAUCAGAUGUUCAGUUACUUCAUGUUCACUCGUGGGGGCCCUUACUGGCAGGAAGUCAAGAUUCCUUUUUCCAAAUUUUUCUUCUCUAAUCAAGGAAGAAUCCGGGAUGUUCAGUCCAAGCUUCUGCUUGACAAGAUCUCUUCCAUAGGCUUCACCCUGGCUGAUAAAGUAGAUGGUCCAUUCUUCUUGGAAAUAGACUUUAUUGGAGUGUUUACUGAUCCAGCCCACACAGAAGAAUUUGCCUACGAAAAUUCCCCAGAGCUUAGCCCAAGACUUUUUAAAUAGAAAAGAUCACGUCGUAGUGUAUUAUUAAAUAACUUGUAGUAGCAUUCAUGAUGACAAAGAUAAAAAUAAAGUAUUUUUUUCAUGGGA